UUCCCGAUUUUGGCGGGAAAAUAUUUUUUGCGGUUUUGGCUGGAAAAUGCUUUUGGAGUUUUGGCGGGAAUAUGCGUUUUUUGGGUUUUGGUCGAAAAGUGUGAUGUUACUAGUUUAGCCGAAAAAUGUGUUUUAAUGAAAAUGUGGGUUUUAUGUUUUUUGCGGAAAAAUGCAUCUUGCGGUUUUGAGGGGAAAGUGUGUUUUUCCGUUUUUGCGAGAAAAUGCAUUUUUUGGUUAUAGCGGAAAAAUGUUUUUGCAAAAAAAUAGAAUUUACGUUUUAAAAAUAAUAUUUUGAUUUUAAAAGGUCUUUUUUGUCAUUUAUCAUUUUGGACUGAACUAGAUGCAUCUGCAUCCAGAUGCACCAUCAAGAUUCACCUUCAUUUGGGUGAGAAUUUGAGAUGAGUUUUUAAAAAUUCAGCUGGGUGAUCCAUCUGGAUGUAGCAUUAUAAUGCACUAAACGAACAUCGAUUUGCAUCUUCACCCAGAUGGAUCACCUGCGUGAGCAAACGAACAGGGCCCAACUCUGCUUUUGCGUGUCUGAGAACUCAAAUUUUAACAGCUCUCUUACUUAUUUUUCUAUCAACAAAAAAAAAUCAGUUUGACUGACAGUACAUGAACGCUUUUUUUACACUUUUAGGGAGCCCUUUUCGAAGUUAAUGGUGAAGGCGAAACACUUUGAAAAGUAGAGAGAGAGAUAGAGGAGGAAGUAGAAACUGAAGAGUGCUUUUGACUGGGAUAAAGAAAGAAGAAGUUGUAGAAGAGGAGAGACAGAGAGAUGGAUAUGAACAAUUGGUUUGAUAGAGUUAAAGAAGACCGAAAGAAUUUGAGCUUCUCCAAGACAUUUGCUUGUGCAGAUUUGUCCUCUGAAUGCAUGAGAACGUUUCCUUUCGACUUGAUGAAAAGUCUCCCAAAAGAAGACUUGUCCAACAAGAUGGUGAUAAUAGCAAAGUGGGGAAGCUCUUGGGAAGUAGACAUCUCCAAGAACCCAAGAUUCUACUACAUGGAGAAGUCUGGGUGGAACCAGUUUGUGAGAGACAAUGCCUUGGGCAAAAACGAGUUUGUCACCUUUACUCACAAAGGAUCGAUGUGCUUCGACGUGAACAUCUACGGGAAGGAUGAGAAGGAGAUUGUCAGACCACCAACAAUGGCUUCUUCUGGUGGUAUCAAGCAGGAACAAGGUGCAUCCAUGGAAGGAGUUGAGUUUGAAGCGACUGAGAAGAAAGCUGAAGAAUCCAAGAAGAAGAUCAAGAUCAAGAAAGUGGUGAAUUCUGUGGAAAUAGGUGAAUCUUCAAGAGGAGUAAAGAAGGUCAAGAGAGGAAGAGUGAGAGUGAAGAAUGGUGUUCCAGAAUUUGAGAUCACCAUAAAGAGAUCAGGACUCGGACACGUGACAAUCCCAAAUCUUUUUAAGAAGCAUAUCCCGAAUGAGCAAACGAUGUUCACCAUACACUCAAAAGGUAGCGGUGGUGGUUCGUGGGAGGUGUGGUGCUUGGUGAGGGAGGCUCAAGCAACCUUCUCAAGAGGAUGGAGUAAAUUGGCAAGAGAGUACCCUUUAGAGAUUGGUGACAAGUGCACCUUACAGCUCAUCAAACCCAACGAGUGUGUCCUCACUAUCGACUCCAACAAGGCCAAAGAGGAGGAGAUCACUGUCAUUGAUUGAUUGAUGAAAUCAUUAUGUUAAAGUGUCUUUGACUUUUUAUUAUCUAUGGAGAGACAAUAACUUUAGCUAAUCUGUGUUUCUUUCUUUCUUGCUUGUGUUUUUUUCCUCCACCACACUUUGCUCUAUCUAUCUGCUCAUGAAACUUUUCUAUAUAUAUUAUGCAAGUCGAUGUUUCCCCCCAAGACUCUUUUUAUCUUUAAAUAUGAUGAAUCUAUAUUGGCUAGAGACGGUAUCAAUUGCAUCAAGUCGAACGCGUUCAAAACAAUAUUACAUCACUUUCCCACUCUUGUUUUUGUUUUGGUGAGGUUUCUUGCCUACAACCAGAAACAAACUACAUGAAACCACUACGUCUUCAGAGUCUCUUGGAUGUUUUUAUAAGAGCAAAACUGUAAAGCUGGG